UCAGCUGUCAGUCACAGAGCCUCAGAUCACAGGUGACAUUUGACUAUGUCACAUCACAAUUUAUAAUAGAGGAUAGAGCUCUCUCUCGGGCUAGCGCGCGCGCGAUCGGAUCAUUGGUCGUAGAUAGUGUUCAUCGCAUUCUUUCUUCGGUGGUUAAUUGUGACGAGGUUUAGGGCCAGGAAAGAUUCCAUCAUUGCGGUGGGAUCAGCCGGGCGCGUGUUUGUUUUUCCAUUGACCGGGUAGUGAUUUUUCUCGGACACUACACACCCUUCGUCACACUUCGUCGGUGUCGGUCCUCGUGGAAGCACAUGAGUCCGCUCCCUCCUUCUAUUGACGUGUGCGCAUUCGACUGUGAAGUGAAGUGAAUAAUGAAUGACAAGUCCCCAAGUGACGAUUGAUAAGCGUGAAGGUGUGCAAAAGAUUUUCAGGAAAUAAUUCAAGUGAAAAUCAAAACAAUUUUGUAAACAAUCUGAUAACCUUGAAGUGAAGUGAAGAGUGCGAAUAUUUUUGUUUUAAGGAGACAUUCGCAACAUCAGCAAGCAUGGCAUUGGAAGAUCGUUGCAGUCCUCAGAGUGCACCCAGUCCGCCGCAUCACCAUCAUCAUCACCACAGCCAGAGUCCGGUCAAUUCUGCCACCGCAACGAUGAUGACCCAGCCCGCAACGGGAACUACGCGAGUUUCGCCUACUACCGAAGAGAUGUCGCCACUGGUACCGAUCUCUCCGUUGCACAUCAAGCAGGAGGUCACUGAUCAGAUACCUCCGCCUCCAGCACAGCACCAACCCAGCAUUACGUUUUCGAUCCAUAACAUCCUGAGUGAUAACUUUGGUAAAAUUCCGGUUCCACCCACUGCCACCCAGCAACCACCCAGUCCCAUGGCCAGUCCUCCAUGCAGUUCAGACUCAAACAGCCCUAACGGAGCAUCUGUGCACCAUCGGAGAGACAGUCUAUUCCGGCCGUAUGAAAUCAGCAAGUCCCCUCGAUUAUGUUCCAGUAAUGGUAGCAGUAGCCACAACCCUUACCACACGGACAGCGAGUCACAGGACUCGACCUGUUAUGAACCCCAAACUACUACAUCAACUGCCACCAGCAUGCUCAUGUUCAACAAUAACCACUACCACCCGCGAAUUCCAACUCUGUACGACUUCAGCACCAAAACCAUGCCCAGCAUAGAUCCUCGGGCAGCGCUUCUGAACGGCUUCAGUGCAACCAGUUAUCCAAAGCUCCAUGAGGAGAUCAUCAACAGCCACCGGAAGUUCCAGGCGAAGCUCCUCGAGAGCCAGGCCAAAGCUGCAGCAGCAGCCGUCAUCCAUCCUCACUCGAUGCCUCCACUGGGAUCUCUGUGCAAGACCGUCUCGCAAAUCGGGCAGCAUGUGGCCUCCAACCCGGCACCGAUGACGAUAGGCUCGACCAACGGAAGCACCGCAGGAACCCCAAACAGUUGCAUCAGCAGCAAUACGUCCAGCGCCAGUCCAAAGUCGAUUCCGAAACCGACGGCCACGGUGGCGUCCAGUUUACCGGGGAACAACGGCAGUGAUAGAAGCCAUGGAGACGGAAGUGGAAUGGCGAAUGGCAGUCACAACAACAACAACAACAACAAUGACGGUGGAAUGUCCUCGGAUGAUGCCCGGUCGGAAACGGGCAGCAGUAAGGAUGGCGAGGGUGGCGGAAAUCUGUGGCCGGCCUGGGUGUACUGCACCCGGUACAGCGAUCGACCGAGUUCGGGUCCCCGCUAUCGGCGAACAAAGCCUCCGAAGCAGAAAGGCGAAAGUGAGGAAAAACGCCCCCGCACCGCAUUCACCACUGCCCAGCUGCAAAGACUGAAGAACGAGUUCAACGAAAACCGCUAUCUUACGGAGAAGCGCCGGCAAGCGCUGAGUGCCGAAUUGAACCUCAACGAGUCGCAAAUCAAAAUUUGGUUCCAAAACAAGCGGGCCAAGAUCAAGAAGACUUCGUCGGAAAAGAAUCCCCUGGCACUGCAGCUGAUGGCCCAAGGGCUGUACAACCAUUCGACGGUGCCGCUGACCAAGGAGGAAGAAGAGCUCGAAAUGCGCAUGAACGGACAGAUUCCGUAGGCUACUUACUGCGUUGUAGCGCUGAGUUAUUGAUCUUCUUGUAGAUCAACCGAGGCAUAGCUAGGACAACACGUGUAACAUUUUGUAUCGAGUGAGUGACGUCCAACGCUCUGUAACCUCGCAAGCGCUGUCAGUCACAGCGCGAGAACACUAACAAAGCAGGCGAGGCAAGCCUGUGCGAUCCAGUGCUGCAAGUGUGUCCGAGGGGGUAGGAAUCGAAAAUCAACAAACCAGAGUACAAUUACAUUUAAAUAAUUGAAUUAAUGCCCCCGUUCCGUUACUCUUUUUUUCCGUCUGAGAGACAAACAAAUCCCGGUGAUGAACUGAAUAAUGCUGAAGCGAGCCAAGUGAGAAGCUGCAUAUGUAAAUACAUAAAUAUUGAACAUUGAAAAAUGCUUCCUCGCUCGCCGAGGGGAAGGAAACUUUCUCACGCACAUCCCUGCUGCCUGCGCACAACAAGUGCUGUGAGGAAGUGAAAAGUAGAGUGAUUUAUUUUCCGAAUGUUUAUAUAAAAUGGGAAACCGGAAAAUGAGUAGACCGAGAGUAGUUGACCGCGGUAAUGGUUUAAUGGAUGGACUAAUCUAGCUUCACUUUUGAAAAAUUGUUAUGUAAACUUGUUUGUCAAAGUUAUUGGAAUAAAAAUUGAGUGCAAAUUGAUUAAUCCAUCUCAGCUGGCGGUGCAAUAAACUGGUCAUCUACUCUAAGUUGGCUCGUUAUCCCCUACCUAACCGUGAUUAGGAUCAACCGAAACCGAAUAGCAAUAACCCUAGGCAAAUUAGUAAGGCCAGCUCACUCGCGAGGAAUCAUGUAGAAAUAGAAUCUAGGACUUUGGAUGAGUGAGACGAGGCAUGUAAAUUAUUCCCUUCGAGCGUUUUAAUCUUAGUUCAAACUUCACAGUUGAGAAACAAACAAAAAACUAACAGAGCACUGUCCAAGAAGAAGGCUAUCUAGGAAGCAACAAGAAUCUCAACCUUACUACUCACGCACACAAAUUUAUGUAAAUAACCCCCGUGCCUGGCUCGGUCUAAAAUCGAGGGGAAGUAAGGUUGAGUGUAAAAAAUUAGCUACUAAAAUUUAAUUGAGAUUAACAGCGAUCAGGCAGUAGGCAGGCAGAGCGAGAAUGGCGCAAAAACCAACAAAACAGAUAAGGCUCCUCUCUACUGUACUGUAUAGUAGGCUGCGAUAUUCCCACGCGGAAGGCCGCUGAACAGCAGCCACAGAGAUACAAAGUUGAUACAUAAUUAAUACCCGAACGCAACGCUGAGUCUGUCAGCGAGCGAGGGCAGGUUGUUAGAACCAGUUUCGCCCAUAUCCAAAUCAACCCGCGCGGAGGAGCAAGUGAAGAAUCGCUGAAAGCCAUCCAAAGUAGGUAUGGCAGGCAA